ACGUGGCAGAUGGUCAGUAAGCACUUUCUUGUACUGAGCUGGAUUCGUAGGGUUCCGCGGGGUGCCCGGCGGUUAGGUCUCGGGAAGACAAGGGCCCUGAGGCCUGGAAGGAGGGGCUUCUCUCUGACGCAGCCGCGAGCAGAGGAAGGAGAGCAAAGAAGGCAAGAGCGACGAGACAAAGGAACUCACACUCACGUCUUCUCAGAAAAGUGUGCGCACAUGGGUCAGGGACCGGGCGGGGGCACGGAUUAACAGAAGUGAACAGAGCAUAGUAACAGCUACCCAUGUUCGUCCAGAACCCUCUAGAAGGCUACUCAUCAUUUGCUUACCAGCAUUAUUUGGCCACUGCUCUGUUAUAAAUGCAUCCAUUCACUUUGGCAUCCUAACAAGGACACUGAGGCAGGCCAAUUACAGUCGGCCCGAAGCAGCUGUGGCUCGUAGUGGGGAAGCCAGGAUUUGAACCCAGGACUCGAAGUUGAUCUAGAGUCUGUGAUGCCAACCCGUGAGCCUCACACCUCCCUACCCGGCCUUGUUUUAUGUAGCUGGUUUGCCACGAGCCUCUGGGGCGGCAGGGCGGCAUGAUUCUCAUAGUUCACAGCAACAAACAGAGAGGUGUGGUGACCUGGCUGGAGCCACACAGCUACUGAGCGGCCGAGCGGGGAUGCCAGCUUGCCCGUCUCUAACUGCAAGCCUGGAGAGUUCUCCUUCCCAGGGAGAAGGAAUGUGGGAAUCCCGUGCCAGUCGGAGUCAGGUGCCAACAGGGAGGUGCCAGCUGGGCUCGAGGGACAUUUUCCAGCAUCUCCAGAGUGCGGCUUUCACAGGCUCCUGGGUCUCCCCGGCUCAGGAACAGGGCGAGGGUUGGCAAGUCAGCAACAACAGGAAGAGGACGAGGGGAGAGUCCGGGAGGGGUGCCUCCUGGCUGCCACAGCCGUCCCUGAGUUGAGGCCCAGCGAGACGGGAUGAAAUGUGAACAGGGGCCGUGGGCUGGAGGACUCCAUAGAGACGCAGCGUGGAGGGCGGACGGGAGGCUGCCCCCGGAGGGGGAUUCCAGCCUCCCCGCCCCCGUGGAGAAGCCUGGACCGUGGGCGGCCCAAGCCAGACCCUCUCCAGCGUCUCUCCUGAAAGCCACCGAGGCACUGUGAACCCUUCAGGAAAUAGCUGCUUCUGAACAGAGAGGGACCAAGCCCCCGGGGGUCUUGAGGGGAGAGGCAGGCCCUUCUAGGUGAGCCGUCGGUCCCGGAGCCGCCCGGUCAGGAGCGUGGGAGGCUGGCAGAAAGGCCUUUAAAACCCGCAGGCCCAGCCCCUGCCCCUGCUGCAGGCCUGACACGGAGAGAAGGUCUCCCUGAACCCCAGAGAUGAAAGGCCUUCUCACGCUGGCUUGGUUCCUGGCUUGUAGUGUGCCUGCUGUGCCAGGGGGCUUGCUGGACCUCAAGUCCAUGAUUGAGAAGGUGACCGGAAAGACCGCCCUUACGAACUACGGCUUCUACGGCUGUUACUGUGGUUGGGGCGGUCGGGGGACCCCCAAGGACGGCACUGAUUGGUGCUGCUGGGUGCAUGAUCACUGCUACGGGCGGCUGGAGGAGAAAGGCUGCCACAUCCGGACACAGUCAUACAAAUACAGAUUUGCACGGGGACUGGUCACCUGCGACCUCGGGCCCCUCUGCCAAGUGCAGCUCUGUGCCUGUGACCGGAAGCUCGUCUACUGCCUGAAGAGGAAUCUGAGGAGCUAUAAUCCUCGUUACCGAUACUUUCCCAACAUCCUCUGCUUCUAGUGGCCCUCAGUGAGCUCCUUGCUCCCUUCUCUCCUCCCACACGGAGCUCACCGACUCCCCUGGGUUCCCGAGAGAGGCUCGCAGUCCUGGACCUCCUUCUCUCUCCAUGGUCCACGGGGCUUGGCGGAGCCCCACGGCCACACUCCACGCUCCAGAGAGUCCCGGGAGAAUGACUCUGGUCCCAGGACCCCGCAAGGUCCACUUGUGAGGUGGGCUCGCCCCACGCUCCAGGCCGGCUGUCUUCCCGCUUGCCCUGAAGACAGCGCCCCUUCUCCAGGAAGACACAUUGACUUUGCAGUUUCUGUAGUCGGACUAUCACUACCACCCUCUAGAGAGUUUUUACUCAAGGUAGAAGCAAAAUUGACCCCCUAAUUCUGCCAUAGAGAUGUUUGAAAACAUUAUUCUUUACAAAGA